CGGGUCCCGGUAUACGCGUCCGCGAGUGAAGGCCGCAGCCUUCGGCGCCUGCGCGCUGGGAGCGUCUGUGCCUGUCGCGCGCUGUGACGUCACGGGGCGCGACGCGACUGCGCUCGCUCGCAACAGAGGCUUCCGCACUCCGCAUGGGACUGACCCGAAAGUGAACGGAGGUUGUAACGUCAGGCGGAGGGCGACGGGGUCACGGGGUCACCGGCGUGGUCCGCGCGCCGAUCGGCUACGGAGCAGAGGCUAAAGCGGGGAGGGAGAGGCUCUGGUGCGCAUGCGCUCCCGGCCGCGCAGUUUCCGGUGUCGUGUAUGCAAGACCGGAAGUCCCCCCUCCGCCGGCGCGAUCGCGGCGACGCUUCCUAAAAGCGGCCGCUGAGGGAACCGGAGGACGGGUGGCUCGCUGCUGACGUCACUCCGUGUCAGCCGGGUGUCGCGGGGUCUCCGAAGCGGAGAAAAACGAGAUCGCGGCAGCCGCGGUUUCCGGGACCCGGAAGGGAGGAGAACGAGCUUCUGCGCGUGCGCGCCGGCCUUCGCUGUUUCCGCUCGCCGGUGUCAGGGGUGAGCGGGACCGGAAGCGCUUGCACCGAUCCAAUCUGUUGUUUUGCAGGACUGGUAACAGGAAGUUGCGCGCGUAGACCGGGCGGAAAGCUUCAGCGCCCGUCCUGAGGCCGGAAGCGGAAGUGCGUCACAGGCAGCCUGGCAGACAGCGACGGUCGCUGCGGGGACGGAGCGCGGCGGAAUCGGUGUGACCGUGGCGGCUGCGCGGUUCCGGGACGUGGGUGGAGCCUAGCGGCGGCGCCAUGUCGUCGGCGGCCACCAUCGUGCACGACACGUCGGAGGCGGUGGCGCUGUGCCCCGCCCUGGGGCUGUACCUGAAGCCGAUCACGAAGAUGACGAUCUCGGUGGCGCUGCCGCCGCUGCGCACGCCCGGGAAGUCGAUCUCGAACUGGGAGGUGAUGGAGCGGCUGAAGGCCAUGGUGGCGGCCGCCGCCCCGCACGCGCCGCUGAGCGCGCUGCGCAUCGCCAAGAGCACGCUGGACUUCGUGCGGUUCGAGGGCGAGGUGGAGAACCGCGCGGCCGUGCGCGCCGCGCUCGCCUGCCUGGACGGCCGCACCAUCAAGCUCAGCGGCUUCGCCGACGCCCUGCGCGUGCGCGCCGCCGAGUUCCGCGCCGACUUCCCGUCGCGCCACGACUGGGACGCCUUCUUCCGGGACGCGCGCGACAUGGACGAGGCGCUGCCCGGCGAGCGCCCCGACACCAUCCACCUGGAGGGGCUGCCCUGCCGCUGGUUCGCGCCCCGGGAGGGCGCCGCAGGGCCCGCCGCCGGGACUUCCGGGGCCGCUUCCGGUGCGGGGGGCGGGACUUCCGGUUCCGGUCCCGCCGCCGCCGGCUCUGCCGCUUCCGGGGCGGGCCCCGCCCUGUCGGGCCCCGGCGCCGCCCCCGCCUCUGAGCGGCCCAGCGAGGCCCUGCUGCGCCAGGCGUUCGGCGCGUUCGGCGAGAUCCGCCACGUGGACAUCCCGAUGCUCGACCCCUACCGCGGCGACAUGGCGGGGGGGCGGAGCUUCCACACCUUCAGCUUCGGCGGCCAUCUUAACUUCGAGGCCUACGUGCAGUACCGCGAGUACGCGGGCUUCGCGCGCGCCAUGGCCGCCCUGCGCGGAAUGAAGCUCAUGUUCAAGGGCGAGGACGGCAAGGCCGUGGCCUGCGGCAUCAAGGUGUCGUUCGACGCCACCAAGCACCUGAGCGACGCCUCGAUCCGCCGCCGGCAGCUGGAGCGGCAGAAGCUGCAGGAGCUGGAGCUGCAGCGCGAGGAGCAGAAGCGGCGCGAGAAGGAGGCGGAGGAGCGGCGGCGCGCGGAGGAGCGGAAGCAGCGUGAGGCGGAGGAGCAGGAGCGCGCGCGGCGCCGGGAGGAGAAGCUGCGGCGUCGGGAGCAGCGGCAGCGCGCGCGCGAGCAGAGGCGGAGCCGGCGGCGGGUGGAGCGGCUGCAGGCAGAGGAGCAGCGGCGGCUGCGGGAGCGCGUGCGCGCGGAGGAGCGGCGCCUGCUGCUGGCCCAGCGCAACCUGCAGUCCAUCCGCCUGGUGGCCGAGCUGCUGAGCCGCGCCGAGGCCGCCCGCCGCAGGGAGCGCGCGCAGAGCGAGGAGCGGCGUCGCCGUGCGCGGGAGGCGGAGCGCCGACGUCAGCAGGAGGCGGAGCUGCGGCGCGUGGAGGAGGAGAAGCGGCGCGCGCUGGGGCUGCAGCGGCGGGAGCGGGAGCUGCGGCAGCGCCUGGUGUCCCUGCUGCUCGCGCGACGCCCCGACCGCGCCCGCGCCGGCGACCUGCUGCGGCCGGUGCUGCUCGACGUGCUGCGGGGCGUGGCCCGGGCGCAGGCGGGGGGCGGGGACGCCGGGGGCGGCAAGACUGAGGCGGGAACCGGCGAUGCUGAAACCGGAAGUGAACAGGUUAAAGUCGGAAGCUGUGACUUUGAAGCCGGAAGUGGCGAGUCAGAGACAGGAAGUGGCAAAAGCAAACCCGGAAGUGGCCUGGUGAAGCCUGGGAGCGAACCUCUGGUGACAGGAAGUGAUGUCACCGAUAACGCAGGGGGCGUGGCGGGAGAGAAGGAUCCCAGUGCGCCAACCCAGGUCCUUGCUUGCAUCACUGACAACGCCCCCCCCAAAGCCACGCCCACCCCUCCUGGUGGGGGUGACGCCCGCCCGAGGUCAGAGCGGGACAAGUGCAACCGCGAGCCACGCCCGCAGCGGAAGCCUCGCGAGGAGGGCGGGACCGAGGAGGGGGAGGAGCCACCGCGGGCAGCGAGCCAGGAGCGCGAGCGACGCCGGGACAAGGACCGCGAGCACGGACGCGACCGGAAGCGCGCACGGCGUCACCGCGAGGACCGGGGUCGCUCGAGGUCGCGCUCCCCACGGCACCGCCCCGCCUGGAACCGGUGACUGCACCCGGGUUGUGUGAGGAAGGCGGCGGCAACACCCACCCCGAGCCCCGCCCACCUGGAGCCCCGCCCACGAACUUACCUGCACGCAUGGGCGGCCAUUUUGUGUUUUCAGGUGCAUCUGAUAAGUUAUGUUCCCCGGGGGGCGGGUCCAGUGUGACUGACAUGUGAGGGGCGUGGGUGGGGCCCUGGUGGGUAAUAAAUGCGGUGACUCUCACGCGA